GAAGAACGAGCCGUCGAUGCUCUGUCGCUCCUCGGUCGGGAAAUACGGAAAGUUCUACUGUGCCCAAAGGUAGCACGUGUUGCACUUGGCGACAAGUAGGUUGUAUGUCGUUCAUUAACCAAAGACCUUCAAGCCACUAAUUACCAAAUGUAUGUACCUGUGAUAACAAGAAAGCAACACGCGAAUCGUAUAUUAGUGUUAGGUGGACCGUCGGUCAUAUUCAUUGGAAGUAGUAGUGGAUAUACUGUUCAAAUUGCGCCAUAAAUAUCACGUUAAAGAUGGUGAUUGUCCAUCACCCCAUUGAAAUCCACGUUGUUAUUGUGCCACUCUAAAAAGGCAAUGAAAUCGCGCAAGCUCCCUAAAGGCUUCGUGCUCUGUGGCUUAAACUGCUUGACAUUCGUUUACUUUCCGUUGGUGUUGCCGAUUGUGACUUGUUCGAGCAGCGAUUUGGAUUACCGGCUACAACGAGUUAAAAACGUUCUGAAGGAGGUUCCUCUGAUUGACGGACACAACGAUUUGCCAUGGAACAUACGCAAGUUCUUGAAGAACCAACUCAAGGAUUUUCAUUUUGCCGGCGACCUCAGGCAGGUGCAGCCAUGGUCGAACAGUGCUUGGAGCCAUACCGAUCUGAGGCGACUGAAGGAGGGCAUGGUGUCUGCUCAGUUUUGGUCAGCAUACGCCCCCUGCUCAUCCCAACAUCUGGAUGCUGUACAGUUGACUUUGGAACAAAUAGACCUAAUCAGGCGCCUGGUCAACCUAUAUCCACACCAAAUGUCGUUGGUAACGACAGCGUCAGGUAUCGAGAAAACGCACAAAAGCGGCAAGAUCGCCAGCCUGAUUGGCGUGGAAGGUGGCCAUGCUAUUGGAACAAGUUUAAGCGUACUGCGAAUGUUUUAUCAGCUCGGGGCUCGGUAUUUGACGUUGACGCACACCUGCAACACACCCUGGGCGGAUUGUUGCAAAGUUGACGAGCCUGGGAAGUAUCCCCACAUUGGGGGUCUCUCGAAGUUUGGGAAGCUGGUCGUCCAAGAGAUGAAUCGACUGGGUAUGAUUGUUGACUUGUCCCACGUGUCGGUGCCAACGAUGCUGGACGCCUUAGGUUCUUCAAAGGCCCCCGUUAUUUUCUCGCACUCCUCCGCACAUGCCAUCUGCAACAGUUCGCGCAACGUUCCCGACCACGUGCUGCAGAGAAUCGCUAUAAACGGCGGCCUAGUGAUGGUGGCCUUCUAUCCGCACUUUGUGAGUUGUUCCGGACAAGCCACGCUGCACGAUGUUGUCGCUCACAUAAAUCACAUACGCGAAGUGGCGGGCAUUGAUCAUGUGGGCAUUGGAGCCGGCUAUGACGGCGUAAAUCUAGUUCCAAAGGGGUUAGAAGACGUCUCCAAGUAUCCACAUCUGUUAGCAGCAUUGUUGGAGUCGGAAAAGUGGUCUGAAGAGGAUAUAGCCAAAUUAGCUGGGAAAAACUUAAUACGGGUCUUUAAGGAAGUCGAAGCGGUCAGAGACGAAAUGGAAUUGUUAAAAGUGCCACCCCUGGACCAAUCUAUUCCAGCGGAAGACAUAAUGGGCAGAUCCUACUGUCGCUACCAAGGCCCAAGAACGUGAUCGCACAUUCAGUCCUAUUCUUCUGUCUUUGUUGGUCUCCUGGCCAAGGUCUGUGCCAAUGAGGCUCCGCUUAUAACGUCAUGUUACCUACAUAAACUCAACUCUGCCACGAAGUAUACUCGCCAUGUGACCACCACUUGUAUCCUUUUGGGAUGAUGGCAAAGCCAUUUUUUUGAUUGUUUGAUUCUACACGAUAUACACGCCCGGCACACCACCACGACUCUAGAGAUGAAAACUACCUUGGAUAGGUUCUGCCAGUUAGUCAUUGGCUGAUGGUGUAAUUAAACGAAUGUAAACGAUUUCGAUAGAGAGGGCUUUGAACAAGCAAUAAUAUUUGACGUGGACGAACCACCAUCCACGUAGCGACAAGUCGAAUAAGGAAAAUAUUAUGGGAUCGUGUUGAUUUAUCGCCCAACACACAAGUGGACGUCCAGUUUUGCUGAUCGCCUAGCCACGGACCACGGUAUCGCUGGAAGACGUAAUGCUUAGACGCAAUAGUCUGGGUCCCAUUAUCCUCCUAUGAGGUUUUUUUUUUUUUAACACGUUUUAGUGUUACGUGAACACCUACAACACCUUCAGUAGUAAAUCAAAAGAAAAGUCAUAAAUUGUGUCUUCAUAUCAUCCUUCAUGCACACGCACGUCUAUGCGCAUGACAAGGCUCCCAUCAUGCCCAUGAACUAACUCCCGCCAAAAGAAAACAGAACGGAACCACAAAACCACAUGUCCGGUUUGUAAAUAUUAAUAAGAAUAAGCAGAAAAUAAACAACAACAACAAACAAACAAACAAAACAAAAAUUAAAACAAUGAUGUGAUGAUAAAGUUACAAUUAAUCAAACUCGAAGAUAACUAAACGAAACCCCGUAUUAUUAAGGCGCGAAACAAACGUUAAGUAAUCUAUUAUUGAACUAAAACUGAACGAUGCUUUGGGCCCAUUUAGGGUGUCCUCUGUUACAUACUAUACUUCAUACAUACUCAUAUUGCAUACAUACACACCCAUAUGAAUAUACUACUAGUUGCAAAUAAUAUAUACUGUUACCACAUACGGAUAUGCGUAUCUAUCUAUGAAAAUAUUGAUAUACACCACUGCAAGAUAGGUAGCUAUUAAGACCAUUCUUAUUAAGAUAUUUAUAAAAAUAAACAAAAACAACCACAUUUUAAAUCCAA